AUGAACAACUUAGGCGGCUCGGGAGCGCGUGCAGGACCUCUCCCGAACGCAGCACCCCUCGUGCCCCCCGCGAAGGGGACGCGAGGCUUUGCGCUGGGCUCUUCCCGUUUCGGUCGCACUUACUCAGGGAAUCCCGGGUGCGCCCUUGCCCCUCCAGCACGGCCGGAUCGCCUGGCCCCGGGAGGGGGACCGGGCAACAGGCCGGCUGGUUUAAUUUCGGCUUUUGGGAGAGCGCCUCUCCGGCUCCUUCGGAACAUUAUUCGCCUUUUGGGCCAGUGGCAGGCCGGCCGUCGGGAGGAGGAUCACGGACGACUGGGCGCCCGUCCCUCCGUCCCUGCGGGCCGACGGCGACGGAAGAGAGCGAACCCUCCACGUCUUGAGGGAACGUCCGGACGCGGGAGCGAGUUCCUGCCCAAAGGCUCAGGGAACCCGCGCCCUCUCUGGUCCGGCGAACUCCCCAGGGCGGAAUCGCCGGCGCGAGAGCCAGCAGGCAAGGCAGGCGAGGCAGGCAGGCAGGCGAGGCGGCACAUGCCGCGCCGCCGCCCGCGCCGCCCGCCCGCGGUCGCCGCCGCUCCCGCACCUCCGGCACGGUCGAGAACGGAGCCCUCGGCCGGCAAAGCCGGUCGACGGGCCCCGGACCCCGUUGUGCUCUUGCGGAACCGCUCUCCCCCCACCCCCCCACGCGGAGGGGGAGGAGGAGAGCGGCACCUACACGGCGCUGUUUCGCCUCACUCUCAAAAGAUUCUCGUAGCGGCCUUCCCGGAGGACGGGCGGAGAGCUCGCGGCAGCGAGCAGCCCGCAGCCGUCCGUACUGUCUCCCGGGAGGCAACGUCACGACACUCGAGGGAAGGUGGCAGCCGUCCUUCGAAGAAGGCACAGGGCCGCCGCAAUGUGCGUUCGACACGUCGAUGGAAUCACGGGAGAAUUGCGAUAGCCACCAAAACAUCGCUUCUUGCCGCGGUCUUCCUCGACCCACGAGCCAAGUGA